CUGCGACGGACGGACCUGUCGAACGCGCGCGCAAAAACUCGCACAAAAUAAACACGCGACUUAAAACAUGCAUCCAUAAAUAAAUAGUGAAAUAAACAGUGGUGUUUCAGUGACGGUGUUAGCUCAAGUACUAGAAAAUUCUGGGUCUACGCAUCUGGCUCAUCCCUAGUUCUGUAGGCGGGGCGAUGUUAAGCGCGGCUGCGGCGGUGCUGGCGUGCCUCUGCUUGGCGCGCACCUCGCUCGCCGAGGCCCACAGUCUAAGGACCUCCUACUCCCAAUCCACUCACACUUCCAAGGAUCUGACUAGCAUCCUUGCAAAUAUCGAAGAGCGCCUGCGGGUCCUGGACACCAUCAGCGCUGUACAAGCGAAGCAGGCUCGCCGGCUUGACCUCAUCCAGGAUAAACUUGAUCGGCUAGAGUCCUCGUUCUUUAUGAAGCAAGAGAGAGCUCAAUUGGCGGCCGAGAGAUUAGAGCAUCGACUUCACAUGCUGCAAAUUACUGUACAAACAUCUAUCAAGGACAGCAAUCAGAGGAUAGAGAAAAGCCAGAUGAGAGUGGCAGAGGUCGCGCAGAAUUUGACCAGUCAGAUUGACUUGCACAGGCGUUUACUAGACAAGGUAAACGGCGCAUACGCAGACACUUGGCAUCGCGGGUUAGUUCUGGAAUCCCUGAUGCGAGACGGGCUGUCCCUGGUGAACGCGACCAGGAGAGAACUGGCAGACGGCGUCAGAACCCUGGCCAGGCGGCAGCGAGACGCCAGGCUGAACACGGCCGAUCUCGAAACGGUGUUUGUUAGAAGACUCAAUGAGAAGACCAACAAAAUUGACACCAAGAUACAAGAAGUUUUGGACACACAAAAGAGAUUCGUCGACUCUUGCCAACGCGUCCAACUUGACGACCCCACCCACGUGGCUGAUGUGCUGGAUAAACUGAUCGAUUCUCUCAUAAACAAGACUGCAUCCACAUUCCACGAAUUACAAAACAUACAAAUCACGAUGCGCAAUCACAACAGCAAAGUUAUGAAACUGCUCAACACGGGAAGGACCACACAAAACGAUGCUACCUGCCGGCGUCUGGAAAGCGUAUUCCGUAAUGCUUCACAAACAACUAUGAAAGAGAUAGAGCUACAACAACUGACAGAGAAGUUUGUCGACUUGACCAAUCGUGCGGAUUCAGCGCUGCAGAAACUGGAGCGAAGGAUGAGUGAUGACGAAGUGCCGGCGCAGUCGUCGGAAGUAACUGCAGCGGCUGAUAGACUGCUGCUUAAGCUGAAAGGGAUCAAAACUGAAAAAGACGGUUCCGAUGAAGACCCAGACUGGGGCGAUGAAGAACAAGACGAUUUUUACGAUGACGGCGGCGGUGGCGACAUCAUGGACGAAGACAAGGAACUGCUCGGCAGGUUCGCGGUCAAGGGUAGAAUAACCGAUGCUUCCGUAGACAAGGGUCUACAGGAGAAGGUGGCCGAGAGACUGACCAGCGCAACGGCCAGGCCCCACCGAAGACAUCUACACAAACACCCGUACGAUAGGGGUCCCGAAUGGAAGGACGCCGCUUAGAUGUAGUUAAUAUAAUUUG